UAAAUGAAUGAAAAAUUGUUUAUUAACAAAUAGCAUAUUACCGUAUGCAGAUCAGGGCAAGAAGGCUCCUGUCCAAGCCCAUCAAAUUCUUCAAUGAAAUGCAAGAACUAUUCCUUAAUAGCAGUGCUGAUGGUUCUCUUGCCAUGGACGCUAACACUUGUCUCAAUGAGACACAAGCUGAUGAAGAUAAUGAUUAUGAUGAUGACAUAUGCAAUGAGUUGUCCAGCUAUGCUCCGCCUGAAGAUAAUCUAGGUGAUGAUUCCGACACUUUACCUUCUCCUAUAAGUGGCCAACCCAGCAUGGCAUCCCAGGUGGCUGAGCAAAGCUCAUCUAGCUCGGGAGUCAAGCGUCUAAGAAGUGAGGGAAAACCACAGAAGAGAGAUGUGAGACCAAAGAGCCGCAUGUCUAGGGUAGGAGAUGCAAUCACAACUGCUUUAGUGGAACUUCAAAAUGAAAUCAGGAAGCCACCACCACCUCCACCAUCUAUGCGCAACUCUGAUGAUAUAUUAUGGCAAAGACUUGAGAACAUGACUUUAACUACUGACCAAAAGCUGAUGGUAGGAACAUUUCUAGCAUCCAAAGAACAAAAGGGGAUGCGUAGUUUCUUAUCGGGCUCAUCCGAGGUAACAUUCCAGUCAUGGGUUUUCAAGUUUCUUAGCGAUUCGGGGAUGUGAAUGGGCUAUGUAUGGUGGCCUGCUAUUUUGUUUAAGUACUCAGGCUCGUCGAGUUUUCAACUAGGAGGAUGUGGUCAAUGAAGACUGGGAGUUCUUUUGCACAUUUUGUAGGCUGCUCUACUCUUUUGUUAAGCAAUGAGUGCUUCUUUUAUAGGCUCUGCUUGACGGUUCAUGGA